AUGUUGACACAGGGGAUGAGCACCAAGCAAAAGGGGAUGUUGAUCCAGUGGAUGAUUAUGAGUGGAAGUAAGGAAAGUGUUAGUGAGGGUCCUUGGAGUGAGGGUAGUAGGAGUGAGGGUAAUAUGACAGAUGAUGAGAGUGAGGACGAAGACUUCUUUGUGGAUUUAGAAAAUAUUGUAGAUGAUGUGGAUGUCGAUAUGAAAGAAUUUCAUAUACAUGUUGAUGAAGAUGUUGAGUGGGUUCAAAAAACCACCAAAGAAGCAAGUGGUAGUGGUGUUGACUUUACUGAAGGUGAAGAUUUGGAGGUCAUAGACCCAGAAUUGUUUGAGUCACCUAUUGUAGAUGAAGAUAACAACAGAGAGAGGAUGUUGAGAGACAUAAGAAAGGAAAAAAGUUGUUCUGAGGGUGUAGUUCAUCAAAAAGCUUUCACAUUAGGAUAG